GUUUCCAUUUAGUGUUUUUUAGCAAACCGCUAAUCUUAUUUCCAAAUAGAACACUACAAAUUAUGCUUGAGAACGUGCUACAAUUUGUGUCGACUUAAAUUUAUAUAUGUACAUAUGUAUGUUGUACGUAUGUGCAUUGCUUCAAUAGGUGCAGCCACAGCUUUACUUUUCAAAAUGGGAAAGCACAGUUUUAAUAACAUUAGCCAAAAACAUAAAGUUUUUCCUGCCAAUGUCAAUAUAUACAGUACGAAAUGCAAAUCUCAAAUAUUGGAGGAACAGGAAAAUGUGACUUUAAUUGUAAACCGUCGAAAUUCUUCGCGUCAGAAACAAAAACGAUGGUCUGCAUUCAGGUGCAGAUUACAUAAAAAAAUUGUGAUGUUGAUAAUACUUGUUUGCAUGUGCAUUCUAAUUAUUUUCGCUAACACAGACCUGCUCUUUCGGAGAAAGAUAUUUUCGGUUUUCCUCUCUAGUCGCUCCAACGAUCUAGUCGAUAUUGAUGACCAGCAUGCAAAGAACUCCAAUUUUGAGGAUGCGUUAGAAGAAAAGAAUCUGCCAGCUUUAAAAUCAUCCCAAUAUUUAUUAAAUUACUCUUCUACGCUUAUGGACCGGAGCUUGCAAUCAAAAGCAUUCUCGUCCGACUACAAUAUAUUUGUUAUAUAUACUAAAGAAAAUUACCAUCUUCGAAUGAAGUUCGAUUUGUUUACACACAGUUUAUUAAAGCAUACGACUGCACAGCUACAUCUACACAUAAUUACUGAUAAAUCCAGUGAGCAGUCUGUGUUAGAAAUACUUCAACGGCAAAUUAAGAGAUUCCGGCGAAGCGUCAUAUACACAAUGUAUGAUGUAAAAAUUUGUUCCAAAGCAAUCCAAGACAUUGCAGCAAAGUUGUCUCCAUACUUUAAUUCAGCGCCCAACUCCUACUACAGCGACUCGCUCUUUUUUUUGUCGCUGGGUCUGCAUCGCAUCGCCGAUCUAAGCCUUAAUCGCGUUAUUCUUCUCGACUGCGAUAUUGUCUUCCGUUCAGAUGUUCGCUCAUUAUUUGCAGAAUUCGACCAUUUCCUGCCACAUCAGCUAUUUGGACUUGCACCAGAACUUACUCCAGUAUAUCGCCAUAUACUUUACCGUUAUCGAGUCCGAUUUCCUAAAACUAGCUUUGGAAAUCCAUACUAUCCAAUGCAGCUGGAAAACAAAAAAGAACAUAAAUUGGCAGAAUCUCCUAAACACACUCAUAUAAGGCAUGGAUAUCCGGGCCUUAAUUCAGGCGUAGUAUUACUGCUCCUAAAUCGAAUACGAGAUUCAAAACCUUACAACGAAAAACUUACGCAAUCCGAAGUUCAGCGACUAGUACACAAAUAUUCCUUUAAAGGGCAUCUCGGAGAUCAAGACUUCUUCACGCUUCUCGGAUAUGAGUAUCCGAACCUCAUUUACAGAUUGGAUUGCGUAUGGAACCGACAACUCUGCACAUGGUGGAAAGAUCAUGGAUAUAGCGAUAUUUUUGAUGCCUAUUUUCGCUGUGAAGGUGUAAUUAAAAUGUAUCACGGUAAUUGUAAUACCCGCAUUCCAGAAUGAUAGAUAAAAUAUACAAAAUAAAAAAGUAUAUACCAAAAACUUCAA